CAGAGCGGAUAGAAAAAUAAAGUAAACCAAACACAAGAGAAAAGUCGAAAAACAGAGGAUAGGAAGCAAGAGCGCCACACAUCGAAAAUCCAAAUGGCAUCGACGGUGAUUGCGGCGGCAGCAUCUUCCUCCAUGGCGGCCACUGCCAUCAGAGCCACCCGCUGCUAUGCCUUGCCUUACCUCCCUCCUCGCUCCUCCUCAUCUUCCCAAUCCUUUCCCAUCAAACAAGUCUCACUCACAGCCUCAGAGUCCCGCAGGUUUGCUCCUUUCCAGACCAGAGCCUCUUCUUCAGAAGAAUCCCCAGUCGAUGCUAAUGAGAUUUUCACAGACUUGAAGGAAAAGUGGGAUGCGGUUGAAAACAAAUCCACAGUAAUUAUCUAUGGAGGAGGGGCAGUAGUUGCUGUUUGGCUAUCAUCAAUUCUAAUUGGUGCCGUCAACUCAGUACCUUUGCUUCCCAAAAUCUUGGAGCUGGUGGGGCUUGGAUACACUGGAUGGUUUGUCUACAGAUACCUUCUCUUCAAGUCGAGCAGAAAAGAACUAGCCACGGAUAUUGAAUCAUUGAAGAAGAAGAUUGCAGGAACUGAAUAAAUUUGCAUUGCUGGGCAGUGGAUGUAUCUUCUCCAAAAACAAAAAAAAACAAUGUAUUUUGGUACUCUGCGUCCCUGCUGUAAGAUGUAAUUGUAUCUUGUAUUCUGUAAUGUAGAAUAGGCCUUGUAUGAGUUCUAUUACUCUGUAUUUCCCGGUUCAUUAUUGUAAUAAGAUUUGGCAAUUUCAUCUGUGCUUAAA